UCUCAUCAGUUUCUCUCACUCCCCUCGGUUGGUUCGCUCGCUCCCCGGGAUUAUCAGCCAUGGGGCCCACCCGUCAGUCUCACUCCCUCCUCCUCACCUUCCUCCUCGUCGGCGCCGCCGCCGCCGCCGCCGCGGCCUCGCCGGAGGACGGGAGCCCCUUCCUCCGCCUCCCCACCGCCUCGGACCUCCCCGUCCCCGCCGGGCAGCUCCCCCGCUCCGCCGCCGUCGGCCUCAUCCGCGCCCUCAACCUCCACCCGCGCGACGCCUCCCCCUCCCCCUCCAGCCGCGGUGAUGGCGACGUCCCCGCCGGAACCCUAGUCGAGAGGCCCAUCCACCUCGCCUCCAUGGCCACCGGGAAGAGCGGCGGCUCGUCGGCUGAAGACCUCGGCCACCACGCCGGGUACUACCGCCUCCCCAACACCCACGACGCAAGGCUGUUCUACUUCUUCUUCGAGUCGAGGGGGAGCAAGGGGGAGGACGACCCCGUGGUGAUCUGGCUGACGGGGGGCCCCGGCUGCAGCAGCGAGCUCGCGCUCUUCUACGAGAACGGGCCGUUCCACAUCGCCGACAACAUGUCUCUCGUCUGGAACGACUUUGGCUGGGAUCAGGAGUCGAAUCUGAUAUAUGUUGAUCAGCCCACGGGUACUGGGUUCAGCUACAGCUCCAAUCCGCGCGACACCCGUCACGAUGAAGCUGGUGUUAGCAACGACCUGUAUGCCUUUCUUCAGGCCUUCUUCACUGAGCACCCGAAUUUUGCUAAAAAUGAUUUCUAUAUUACUGGGGAAUCGUAUGCUGGACACUAUAUUCCUGCCUUUGCAAGUCGAGUGUACAAGGGGAACAAGAACAGUGAGGGCAUUCACAUCAAUUUGAAGGGUUUUGCUAUUGGCAAUGGGUUAACGGAUCCAGCAAUACAAUACAAGGCAUACACUGAUUACUCAUUGGAUAUGGGGUUAAUUACAAAAUCACAGUUUAACAGGAUUAACAAAAUUGUUCCAACUUGUGAACUUGCUAUCAAGCUCUGUGGUACCUCUGGCACUAUAUCUUGCCUUGGCGCAUAUGUUGUCUGCAAUCUAAUAUUCUCUUCCAUCGAGACAAUAAUUGGGAAGAAAAAUUAUUAUGACAUCAGGAAGCCAUGUGUGGGGAGCCUAUGCUAUGACCUCUCUAAUAUGGAGAAGUUUCUCCAAUUGAAAUCAGUCAGAGAGAGCCUAGGUGUUGGAGACAUACAGUUUGUAUCAUGCAGCCCAACUGUAUAUCAGGCCAUGCUGCUAGAUUGGAUGAGGAACCUUGAAGUUGGAAUCCCUGAACUCCUUGAGAAUGACAUCAAAGUGUUGAUUUAUGCUGGAGAGUAUGAUCUCAUAUGCAACUGGUUAGGAAACUCAAGAUGGGUGAAUUCUAUGGAAUGGUCUGGAAAGGAGGCUUUUGUGUCCUCAUCUGAGGAACCUUUCACAGUUGAUGGAAAAGAAGCCGGUAUUCUGAAAAGCUAUGGACCUUUGAGUUUCUUGAAGGUCCACGAUGCUGGCCACAUGGUACCAAUGGAUCAACCGAAGGUCGCUCUGGAGAUGCUGAUGAGGUGGACCUCAGGAAACCUUUCCAACGCAUCCUCGAGCUUCCAGAGGCUCGAUUUUACCAUGUGAUAUACACACUCUGUCCUCUUGUGACACGAUCAGAGGAACAUGGUUUCCCCAUAAAUUAGUAUAAAGUGCUUAGUAGGCACGUCAGAAUGAUUUUAGGUGAUGACAAGCUCACUGCUACCGUACAGAUGUUAUUUCCCUUGUACGGUGCUUGAGUCACUGAAGUAUCGGUGACGCCACUCGAUUGUUAGCAUGUAAUAAAGCUUAGAAUUGUUAUGGACAGAAGCCAAUCUCUUUGUUAUGAGGGCUGUUUAUGUCCAGGUCUUGUAUGCUAUUAUAAUACUUAUGGCUUGUGCUAUGGAUGGUAUAAUCUGUGCUCCAAACUAUACAGUAAAUAUUUUUGCGGGAAUUGGGCGUUCCAAA